CAAUGCGAGCGGGUCUUACAACUGUCACUCAGUACACGUUAGCGUUACGCGUAAUCAAAUUAUGGGUGGCACUGCUAGCUCUCCGAUCCCUGGUGGUGGAACAUCUGGGUAUCACGUCUUGCGGGUCCAGGAAGGCUCACCUGGUCACCAAGCUGGUUUGGAAGCAUUUUUUGAUUUUAUUGUGGCAAUAGGAGAUAAACGCCUGGAAGAAGAUAAUGACUGUAUCAAAGACUUGCUACAAGCUAAUAAAGACAGACCUGUUCGCUUAGUUGUCUAUUCAACCAAAUCACAAGCCUGUCGUGAAGUAACCUUGAUACCAAAUAAUCACUGGGGUGGUCAAGGUCUUAUGGGUGUUAGUAUUCGAUAUUGUUCAUUUGACAGAGCAAAUGAAAAUGUAUGGCAUGUGUUGGAUGUUGAGCCUAAAUCACCAGCAGAAAUGGCUGGUUUAAAACCAUAUACAGACUACAUUAUUGGUGCAAAUUCAGUUUUAAAUAGUAGAGAUGACUUUUUCGAUCUGAUUGAUGCUUCUGAUGGUCAUGUAAUUCAACUAUACGUCUACAAUUCCGAAUCAGAUUCAUGCCGUGAAAUACACCUGAAACCUGAUUCUAAUUGGGGUGGAAAUGGUUUACUCGGCUGUGAUAUUGGUUAUGGUUAUCUGCAUCGUAUCCCAACAACAGGAGCACCGCCUGUUCCUCCUCCACCACAGUCACAAAGUGAUACUGCACACCAGCCUCAAGAAUUCACAAAACCGCCGGUUGAAAACUCAAAUAUGCCAACAGUAUCAUCGGAACAGACUGUAAAUGGAGUUUCUGCUCCAUAUUGUCCUCCACCUCCUUAUUCGUCGUUUAACACUACAGCGUCGAAUACAUUUUCUGAGGUUCCAUUAGUUUCAACAAUAUCGUCUUCAUCAUCACCUCUCCCACCGCCAAUACAACCACAAUCACAGCCUACGGUCCAUCCAUUCCAAGCUCCCGUCAGCAGUACAAAUUAUUUCAACCAUUCCUAUGCUUCUGUGCCACCACCAUCAGCUUAUAUGCAAGCAUCAAAUAUUCCUCCUCCUGCACCUCUUCCUGCCGGGUUGACAAAUAUGUUCCCUAUGCAACCACCACCACCACCAGUAAGUUCAACUGGAGAACAACCUGCCUUCUCACCGGAGACACCACUGAUUUCUUUUGGACCCACAACAAAUGGUGAUAAUGCGCAGCAGCAGCAGUACAAUACACAAUUUAAUAUGCCGCAAAUGACAAGUGCUCGAUACUUUAAUCCUAUGAAUGAUAAUCUACCCUCGUCAACAGUAAUCUCACUACCUGGAAUGCCUCCAUUGGAUGUAAAAAUGCCCCCUUUAGAAAUCAACAACUGAUAAUGCUGUCUUAAUCUUUCUUCGAAUCCCAGCUCGUAAAGCCUAAAACAAAACUUGUUUGGAAAACUAUUUUAUUCUGAUUCAAGUGCUGUUGAACACAACACACACACAGAAGAAAAGAAACUUUUACCAAGUCAAUGACACAUUUAUUUACCUAGGUGUAUUGUGGUAUACCAUCCAUCUACUGGAAAAAAUGUGAUAAAAAAGUAGUAACUUAAGGAUUUUUUUUUAUUGUUCACUUGUAACUUCCUUUGUUUUGUUCUGACCGGUUGAUUUGUUUGUAAAUUUAUGCUUGUGUGUGCAGUCGAUUAGUGACGCAAUCAACACUAUGUGUUUUGUGAUACAUCACUUUGUUUCCCUUCCUUUUUAAAGUGCCUCUCAUUUCUCGGUGCUUUUUUAAACUGACGCACACUUAAGUUGAACACACAAACAUUUUUCCCUAUUAGGCACAUUUUAUUGUUGGUUGGGAUAGUGCUAGUUACUGAUUGUUGUCAUUUAUUAUUAUUAUUAUUUAAUAAUUUCUGUUCUUUUCUUCUUCUUCUUUACUUUGUGUAAUAUCGUUACUUCUGAUUUAUUUUGUAAGCAGUUAUAUCCCGUUUUAAUUAAUGCAUUGUUGUUAUACUCAGUUCAA